GCGAACUGAACCCGAUACAAAUUUGGUGUCAUUUUCAAUUGACGUGUUCGGUGUCUUGUUCGCCGAGCCCGACAGCUGUCCCGUCGAAGUUUCUAGUUGCUCAGUGUGGGCCACCUCUUCUCAAUACCCGCUCCAGCAGCCGGGGCCUUUUUCGGUUCUCCCCCCCUUUCGCACGAGCUGGGCGCCGGGCACGAGCGACAAGCUGACGGCCAAGACCCCUUCACGUCUCGGUACUUUUAUGACGUGCCACUCGAAUCCCGAGACAGCAAUUGCCGUAAGGGAACGAGUGACGGUUGGUCAAUUGGCGAUUUGAGCGAACUACGAAGUCGCCCAGCACAAACAGCAGGAGACCUCCGCUACCACGCUCCACUAUCGAGGACUGCCCGCCGCGACUCCCGGCCCCAUCACUCGGUGUUCCGGGACGAUCAACGGCGUCUACACCCGCUCCGGGCCCACCUUGCUUGCUCUUUCCCUCCCUUAGCCAGAACCCCUCUUUCUCUCUCGCCAGGAAGACGAAUCCCCUCCCCCCUCCCUUUCCCACCUGCCCACCAUGUCAUCCGCGAGUUCAUCAACCCAAAACGGCGGUAAACGCAAGCGCAACAACACGGCCUCCGCCCUCGACAUGGGCGAGAAUCAGAUCAUCCAGACCGAGUCGCGAGACGCCUCGGGUGAGGAUGGUGAUACUACCGCCCCCGAGUCCGGCAGGACCGGCGCCGUCGCCCACCCGAACAAGCGUCAGCGUUCCAGUUCUGACCAGCCCGCCGCCGGCUCAACGAGCGGCACCGGGACAAGCCAGCGAGCUCAGGCUCUCGAUCCGGGCGAGCCAAGUGAUACCACCGAGACCAGCGACCAUAUUGCGGAGCGGGUAACGCGAAAGGGGAGCCGAAAGUCCGCGUCUAUCAAGACCGCUGGCGAGGGCGUCGCGAAUGGCAGCGGGACAAUCAGCAACAAGACCGCCGCCGCCAUGCCCCCACCCCCGAUCGGCAAGCUUACCCACCCCGCGGGUUACACGACGAAUCCGCCUCCGGUCGGCCGCCCCGUGAGGGUGUAUGCGGACGGCGUGUUCGACCUGUUCCACCUAGGCCACAUGCGCCAGCUGGAGCAAGCCAAAAAGGCGUUUCCUGAGGUGUACCUGAUUGUGGGCGUGACGGGUGACGAGGAGACGCACAAGCGCAAGGGCCUCACCGUGCUCUCAGGCAAAGAGCGUGCCGAGACGGUGCGACACUGCCGAUGGGUCGACGAGGUCAUCGAGAACUGCCCCUGGAUUGUCACUCCGGAGUUCCUCGAACAGCACCAGAUCGACUACGUCGCACACGACGACAUCCCUUACGGCGCCGACGAAGGCGACGAUAUCUACGCCCCCAUCAAGGCGGCGGGCAAGUUCUUGGUGACCCAACGGACCGAGGGCGUAAGCACCACAGGCAUCAUCACAAAGAUUGUCCGAGACUACGAGAAAUACAUCGCCCGCCAGCUCAGGCGCGGUACCUCGCGGCAGGAGCUCAACAUCAGCUGGCUCAAGAAGAACGAGCUCGAGCUCAAGCGCCACGUUCAGGAACUGCGCGACAACAUCCGCGCCAACUGGGCCACCACGGGCCAGGAACUUAGUCGCGAGCUGCGCCAGUUCUGGCCCUCGUCGCGCCCACAGAGCCCAGCCCGCUUCAACAACAGCCAGAGCAAUAACGGAGAGUUGCCGCCUAGCAGUCCGCUCGGUCCGGGUCAGUCGUCGUCCUCAGCCGGUGCGGGCUCAUACGGUGGCGGAUUCCCUUUCCCUAGGAGCCCUACGACCGGCAGUAGCUCUGCCACGGCUGGAGAGAGACCAACGAAUAACGUGAAUGACUUUGUGACGGGGUAUACUCUGGGAUUGUUUGGGGGCGUACGGUCAUGGAUGACCAGGAGCCGUAGAGCAUCAAGGGAAGGCGAGAGCCGGCCCGUCAGUGACGACGAUUCCGAAGAGAGCGAAGACAAGGCCGCCAGGAGCGAGGCCCGCCGGUCGGUGCAGGCCACUGCGACCAGUCAAUAAAUUUGAUUGACGGUAUAUAUAGAAAAAGGAGGAGAAGGACGAGGGAAGGGAAGUCUUGAGCUUAACGGGUGUCAGUCUGAACUCCAGGUUUCGGUAAGUCUGUCCUUUCGGGUGCACCUGUGUCCCUUUCCCAUCGCCCUGAUCUGGCUUUAUACGCAUAUAUCCCCUACCUCGUUAGGGCCUGGCCUUCUACUCACCUAUUGGAAAGAAAAGGGAGAAAAAAAAAGGUAAAGGGAAUGCACGGGCUCCUGAGUUACCGAGACUGGUCACAAGAGAGGAAAAACAAGUGGUACAUAGACUUUGUAAAUGGGAUCGGUUGCGAUUCUAUUCGGUGCAGGCUCACGCGACGAUAUCAU